AUGAGUACAGCCAAGACUUGCCUUAUCACAGGAGCUGGUCGAGGAAUCGGCAGGGGUCUAAGCAGGCUCCUCCUGGAGAACGGCCACCGCGUCUUCCUUGUAGACAACAACCAAGAAGAAUUAAACCAUAUCGCCGCCACCCUAGCCAAGACGUACGAGCAGGGCAAAGAUUUCAGUCCGUUCUUCUGCAAUUUGAGAAAGCCAGACGAGAUCAAAAGUGUCGUGGCGAGCGUCAAAGCUCUGUGCAAAGGUCACUUGGAUGUACUCAUCAACAAUGCCGCCAACACAGCAGCCGUAGGAGCUGCCCAUCUCUCAGAUCUAACGCUUGAAGAAUGGAACACCUCGAUAGAAACAAAUUUGACUGCUCCAAUGCUGCUCAGUCAAGGAUGUCUUCCUAUGCUGCAAAAGUCUUCGACGAGAUCACAAGCCGGCUGUAUCAUACACAUGUCUUCGACCAGAGCGUAUCAGAGCGAGCCAAACAAUGAACCAUACUCUGCGACCAAGGCCGGAAUUCUUGGACUAACGCAAUCCAUGGCCGUGAGUCUCGCUCCUCAAGGCGUUCGCGUCAACGCGAUAUUACCUGGCUGGAUCAAUGUCACGAAUGAGUCCAAGGCAGCGGAUGAGAGCGGGCAGACGUGGGAGGACGGCCUGAGUAAGGAGGACCAUCAAUGGCAUUUGACCGGCCGCGUUGGCCGAGUAGAAGAUAUUCUGAAAGCGGUCGAAUAUCUUGUGGACAAUGAUGGGGUAUCUGGAUCAGAGCUUGUUGUGGAUGGCGGCGUCACUAGGAAGAUGGUCUAUCCGGAAGAAUGA